AUGUCGACCCCCGGUCGCCGAACCCACCAUGGAUGCUGGACCUGCAAAGCCCGCCGGCGCAAGUGUGAUCGUACUCGCCCGACGUGUCAGGUUUGUGCUGAACGCGGAGUGGCAUGUGAGGGUUAUGAUGUGCGUCUCCGCUGGGGGACCGGGAUUGCCUCGCGAGGGCGAUUUACCGGCGCCGAUGCGCCAGCCGAGUCGUCGAUUCCACCGAGGCUGCAGGGACGACAGAGAGAUCUGCUUCGGGAGAGGAGGCGGCAGUUGCAGAUAGCUGAUCAAGUGUGCGAACAUUCUCCUGGUUCUGGGAUCCUAGUAGAGGGAACUGAAGAAUUACAACUUGGCGCGUUGCUUUCCGAACCUUGGAAUUCGAAUCAUGAUGCGGAGGUGUUCAGUGACUUCCUUUCUUCGGGCAUCAACGUCCUUCACUCCACGACCGUUCAAGAUGGUGAAAUGCCACUCAAAGUACGGCUACCGGGACUUUGUCAACAAUCGGAGGCUCUUUAUCAAAUAUGCAUCACACUACAGGUUUCUAUACGGUUGGACUUGAAGUCUCAAUUCUUCGAGUAUUUCGACGCGGCCUUGAACAAGUUCCGUAGCGAGCUGGCUCAGAGCGAAGCCUAUUUAGAGGAUGGUACACUAACUGCUGGAUUGCUGUUAUGUACCAUUGGAAUCAUGCAAGGGAUACCGUGGACUAUGCAUCUGCGAGGGAUGUAUAACAUCCUACAGUUUCACAGUAUGGGAAGGUCGCGUGAUCAGAUUUCUGCAUUCCGAACUCAUUUGUUAGAAGUCAUGGGAAUCAUGGAUCUUCCCACAUUUGCAAUCGGUAGAAUACACCCGUAUCUGGGGUUCUGGCGGCAGCACUGUCGCAAUCGAUUGACGCCGGACUCAUCUGAACAGUAUGAUGUGGAGGUCAUGAGUGGAUUACCACGAUCCUUGGUUGACAUCUUCUCUUGUAUUGGUGAGGGCGCAACAGAACAAGAUUUCUGGGAUUGGCCCGGCUCCAAAGGGUGCUUUCUGCAGUGUCAGCUCUGGGAAGCAUAUCGGUUGGCCGGGAUGCUGGUGAUCCGACAUGGUGCACUGCGCCUGCCAUCUGAACUAAACGAUAUCCCGGCACAGCAAGGGCAAAACAAAAGACGAUCAGCACUUCCAACGACGGCGGUGAUUAUCAUGCGACUUCUCAGCUGCGUGGACGCUAUAUAUCGGGCGUCCUCAGAAGGCGAGGGAAAGGACACAUUAACCAUCAAUGCGAUUCCUUAUCCUGUCUUCGUCGCUGGUCUUCAGACUGAUGCUCUGAAUAAAAACCCGGACUCAAGGGAAUUUAUCCGGAGGAUUCUGGUGGCGAUCGCCGAGGGACCUUUCUGGAACAAGCAAUAUCGACUACUUUUAGACCUGCUGGAAGAAUACUGGACCUACCCUGAAAACACAAUUAAUAUCCACCAGAUUGCGCAGUCACGAGGAAUAGAACUCGGGCUAUUCUAA